AUGGAGCAAUCCUACAGAUCGACAAUCACUAUUUAUAAGAGCAUCCUGGAACAGUUUAAUCCAGCUUUGGAGAAGCUGCUAUAUCUGGGUAACAAGUAUCUGCAGGCUUUUUAUGCAUUAUCUGAGGCAGCAGAUGUAUAUUUUACAGCAAUUCAGAAGAUGGGAGAACAAGCUCUUCAGAGUUCUACUUCACAAAUGCUGGGUGAAAUUUUGAUACAGAUGUCUGAAACCCAAAUGCAUCUGAACCGCAACUUGGAAAUAGUUGCAGAGACCUUCCAUGUAGAUUUAUUGCAGCACAUGGACAAAAACAUGAAGCUGGAUGUACAGUUUAUUAACGAUAGUCGCCAACGAUAUGAGAAGGAAUACCGACGUAGAGUAGCCAGUAUAGAUACAUCCAUGAUGGACCUGCGGAGGAUGGAGGGUCGUCGAGAUAAAAAUGUCUGGGAGCUGAAGGAGAACAUGAUUCAUUUGCGUAAUGAGCUGCAGGUUUUCAUCAGUGAAAGCCAACAGGCUGCUGAGCUGGAGGAGAAACGCCGCUAUCGCUUCCUGGCUGAGAAGCACCAGUUACUGUCCAAUAAUCUUCUCCAGUUCUACACCAAAGCUCGGACCCUCAUCCUGAACAAGGCACCACUGUGGAAAGAGGAAUUGGAGGCCUCUCACAAUCCUGUGCAGACACCCCCCUCUGGCCGUCUCACUCCUACUCAUCUUGAAAAUAGGUUGCCAAGCGAUUUUGGUCCACUCAUGGCAGGACAGAGCUUCUUCCAGGAGACUGUACAGAUGGUGCCAUCCUUUCAGCCAGAAACAAAAAGGAAAACAAUGCCAAGAACUCCCUCACUUGGCUCUGCUUCUCCUGGCUUUUCUCGCUCUAACUCCUUCGGAGAACAAGCAGCAACGAGGGCAGAGGCUGAUAGUAAAGAGGGGAACCAUCUGCUCAAAGUGCUAGCAAUUAUGCCUCAUGUCACGGGUUCAAACCAGACUCUUUUGCCAUUUGGCCCUGGAGAUGUGGUUACUGUCCUCCUACCAGAAGCUCAGAAUGGCUGGCUGUAUGGCAAGUUGGAAGGCACAUCAAUGAGUGGCUGGUUUCCUGAAGCUUUUGUAAAGUCUUUGGAGGCAUCAGCCCCCAGAGGUUUCUCCCUGAGGAGCAGCCGUAGUGUGGACAAUCUUCUAGGUCAGUCUACUGCUUCAGUGCCAGAUGAUUAUUGGCAGAAAUCCAGUAGGCCUCAGUCUCCAGUAUCUUCUAAGUCUUCGGUGAGAGCCGGCACUCUUCCAAACAGCAUAUCUAAUGCUGCAACUCCCAAUGUGGGCUCCAAGGGGAUUUCCUCCCAGCUUCACCAUACUUUUGAUUUAUUGCAGAAUCCAGCAAGAUGGGAUCAUCCUCCAGAGCUCUUCCCCAGAGGUACCAACCCAUUUGCCACCGUCAAGCUGCGUCCGACUAUGACUAAUGAUCGAUCAGCACCAAUCAUCUGAUGAAGAUAAUUUCAUCAUAAGACUUAUGCAACCAUGUUA